UCUCUCCAUCCCCGCAUAGCAGCGCGGAUGAAACACCGGUCACCUUCAGAGCAGCAUCACGGGGAAAAAAGGCCCCGUGCUCCCGCUGAGGCUGCCUCCACCUCACGGCCACCCGGAAUGGAGGACAACACACCGUCAAACCCGCGGGAGCUGACCCAAAACCCCCUCAAGAAGAUCUGGAUGCCGUGCAAAAACGGCCUUCCCGAAAAGCACAUUUCUCAAAGAAAGGUAUGUAUGACCAACUGUCCCACCCUGAUUGUGACAGUGGGUCUUCCUGCCAGAGGGAAGACCUACAUCUCCAAGAAGCUAACUCGCUAUCUCAACUGGAUCGGAGUGCCCACCAGAGAGUUCAAUGUCGGACAGUACAGGAGAGAGUUUGUGAAGAUCUACAAGUCCUUUGAGUUCUUCCGUCCAGAUAAUGAGGAGGGGUUAAAGAUCAGGAGACAGUGUGCCUCAGCAGCUCUGAACGAUGUGCGACAGUACCUCACAGAAGACGGAGGCCAAGUUGCGGUUUUUGAUGCAACAAACACCACCAGAGAAAGGAGGGAAACCAUCAUCCAGUUCGCCGAGCAGAAUGGUUUUAAGGUGUUCUUUGUUGAGUCUGUCUGUGAAGACCCAGACGUCAUACAGGAGAACAUUGUGCAAGUAAAGCUGAGCAGCCCCGACUACACCAACUGUAACACCGAAGAGGCCGUGGAGGACUUCAUGAAGAGGAUUAAGUGUUAUGAAAACUCCUACGAGACGCUGGAUGAAGUUCUGGACAGGGAUCUCUCCUACAUUAAGAUCAUGGAUGUGGGUCAGCGCUAUCUAGUCAACAGAGUAUUGGACCACAUCCAGAGCCGGAUCGUCUACUACCUCAUGAACAUCCAUAUCACUCCACGCUCCAUCUACCUGUGCCGCCACGGCGAGAGCGAGCUUAAUGUCAAGGGCUGCAUCGGAGGAGACUCAGGACUCACACCUAGAGGCAAAGAGUUUGCGAAGAAGCUGAGCCAGUUCAUCGAGACGCAGCGCAUCAGCGACCUGAAGGUGUGGACCAGUCAGAUGAAAAGAACCAUCCAGACAGCCGAGGCUCUCAGCGUGCCGUAUGAACAGUGGAAGGUCCUGAAUGAGAUUGACGCAGGCGUGUGUGAGGAAAUGAUGUAUGAGGAGAUCCAGGGCCACUAUCCUCUGGAGUUUGCACUGAGGGACCAGGACAAAUACCGCUACCGGUACCCUAAAGGAGAGUCCUAUGAGGAUCUGGUGCAGCGGUUGGAGCCGGUCAUCAUGGAGCUGGAGAGGCAGGAGAAUGUGCUGGUUGUCUGUCACCAGGCCGUCAUGCGCUGCCUGUUGGCCUACUUCCUGGACAAGACAGCAGAGGAGCUGCCUUACCUGAAGUGCCCGCUGCACACUGUGCUGAAGCUAACGCCAGUGGCCUACGGCUGUAAGGUGGAGUCCAUCUUCCUUAAUGUGGAUGCAGUCAACACACACAGAGAAAAACCAGAGAACGUAGAGGUGUCGCGGAUGUCAGAGGAGGCUUUGCUAACAGUGCCAGCUCACCAAUGAGGCAGUGCCCCUCACCCCAACACCCCUACCCCUCCCUCCUUUACUCUUCAUUACGCACACUGCACCCUUCUGACGCACAAUGUGUACCUGCCAAUCUCAGCAACCUUUUUUUUAUCUUUCUUCUCCACCUUCCUCUGAUUGAAUCCACUCCACUGUUGUUGUCUUCUGCUCUUCCUCCUCUCAUAUUGUAAUGAUGGUGGUAAUUGACUGGAAUCCAGUUUAUCAUUUUUGAUUAUUAAUCCUAAUGACACUGAUCGCGUGUCACAUACGUUCUCCCAUUUUUGGAGAAUGGAUGAAAAGCCGGUGAAGGGUUUUUUUUUUUUUUGUUUUUUUUAAAUGAUGCUGUACUCCCGACUGUGAAACAAUGAGACUCCAGCACCUAUUUCUGUUGAAGCAGGGAUUACAUGUAGUUUGUUUUCUCAUCGAUCUUGUUCGAUAUGACUCAACAAUGUUUAUUUUGACCGGUGUCUCAUCUCUAUAUUUCUGUUUGUAGGAGUUAGAAUACUCUCAUCUUAGUUGCACACUACUGCACAACAGAAAAAGUAGUGUGUUUUAAUCCAUUUUGCACAUAAACAAAUUAAGUCUGUGUUUAUUUACUUAUUAUUAAAUGUCUUCUAUUACAACUUGUCUCUAGUUUAAGGAUGUCUGAAACACAUUUUACUCUAUACUGUCUACUGGAGAUUGUGAAAGUACAGAAAUACUGUUUUGUUUUUAUUCCACAAUGUGAAGGUUUUUAUGUUCAUAUCACUGAUCAGAAUUCAGAGAAAGCUAUUUCUGUUUACUGUUUCUAAAUAAACUCCACUCAAACAGCGCUGCUGCAUUUCAUGUUUAUGUGCCACACUCUCUCUGUGCUUCACUUGCUUGGCAUGAAAUCAAUUUUCCUCUUUAUUAUCUGGAAGCUAUGAUCUUGGGUUAAAUGCUUUAUAUUGAGCAUUAAUCCUAAAAUAAAACACGCCUAGACUCAUGAAUAGAAUAUUUCUGACUUGAAGAUCAAAAGAUUCGUACUCUUGCCUUCCUGUCGUUACUAUCUGCAGAUCAUGUUCCUGCUUCUCUGCUGUGCAAACUCAACAUUCAUUCAUAUGCAAAGUCUCCACUGGGUUGCAUGAGAAAAAUGCUGCCAUUCAUCCGUCUGAACAAAAAGUCACUGUGUAAAAGUCACAUAUCAUUGUGCCAAGAGCAAGCGUGAUAGCAAACUGUAUGCUCGUUAUUCUCAAGCAGUAAUAAUGCUAUUUUGUUUAAAAGCUUAGUCAUUUUGUUGGAAAUAAAAUCUAUAUUGUGACAUCAAAAAAAAAAGUUUACCAAAGCCCUCCUGUUAUUUUCCUUUACACCAUCAAAAUUAAACACAAUAAAAUACUUGAACAUGACAGAAAUAUAUGAAUCACCCGGCUAAAAAGGUGGAUUAUUUUAUAUAGAAUGCCUUUAAGAUCUGAUAUGCAAUCAUUUAAAGACAUCUGUCAGUCUGCACUUAGAGAAAGGAACAUAAGCAACUGCACCACAAGACAAAUCAUUUUUUUCCACACAUUAUAAAUGCACCAGUAAA